AUGACCACCAACGACGUCCUGCCACAGCGACCUGCCACUGCCGCCCCGUCCCUCCCCGCCUCCCUGCCCCCCAGGCCCCAGUUCGCCCUUCCCCAAAGACCGACCUUUGACCCUCCCAGGUCUAUCCCAGAACCCUCCUCAGCCAAGCGCAUAGACGCCAGGGACCACUACUACCGAAGCCCCUCCCCUCGACGAUACCGCGAGCCCCGAGCGAGCACCUCCCGCUACCGCUCCCCCUCUCCUCCCCCCCGCCGCGAGUCUAGAGAUUACAGAUCCUCUCGAUACCAGUCUCCCGUUAGAAGCCCCGAACCCCGAGGCCGGACCCGAUCACCCUCUUACCCCCACGCUCGCUCGCCGAGCCCCAGACGGUACCGCAGCCCCAGUUUCAGAGGCCGCUCAGCAGACUUCUCGCGAUCACCUUCGCCCCGCGCUGAUUACAGAGCAAGUGCACGAGGCGGUAAAACCAAGAGCCAGCUGAAGUGUGCGCAUAAGAGCGCAUCCAAGAGAAAUAAGCAGCAGAGACAGCAGGAGCAGGACGAGACUUUAUCUCUGCACGCCCCACUUGUUGGAUUCAGCGAAGUUCAAGCAGAUUCUCAAAACACUUUCCAAAAACGACCUUUAUCCCCUUCAGCUCAAGAAGAGCAACCAGCCAAGUUUCAAGCAGUCCCAGCGAUCCCCACGGGCCCACGAGUACCAGGACAGAUCCCUACCGGCCCACGCGCACUCGCCAUCCCUACCGGCCCUAGAGCUACUUCCAGCGCCAAACCUAUCCCUACCGGCCCUCGUUCUCGACAGCCCGCCCCCAUCUCUACCCACACCAACACUACCCUCUCUCUCCCCACUCCUACACCUACCCCUACUACCGCACCCGAGUUUAAAGAAGAAGACGAUAUGGGUAACUGGAGACGCGGACACGGCGGCGGCGGCGGUGGCGGUAAACGCAACGCCAACAAUGCCAACCCCCCUCCUCCUUCCAAUAACCGCCCCCUCUCAGCACCCCUGCACGACGAAGCCUACAUCACCCAAACGUACUCCAACGGCCUCGUGCUCAAGGCGCAAUGGGCAGAGAACCCCAAGAGCCCGCUGGCGAACUGGAUAGCGUCCAAUUCGGGCAAGGGGGUGGAUGUGAAUCAGAUGUAUGCUUAUCUGGAUGGCGUUGUGAAUGGACGCAAGGUUUAUCGUGUCAAGAUCAGCCCUACGCCUGGUAUUGAAGGAAUUGGAGAUAGCAGCAACAAGAAGGAGGCUGAAAAGCUCGCUGCGUUGAGCGCCGUUUUUCAGCUCGUCUCGCGAGGUCGUCUCGACAGGAACACUGCCAAAGCCUCUGCUGCCAAUGACCCCAAACCGAUAGUCUCCAUCGUCGACACCACCUCCAACUCUACCGAGACUGCCACCCUCACAGACGGCACCCAAAUAUCAUUCGACCGCGCCCGACAGUUUAUGGAGUACUACUGUCAUCGCUACCAUUUCCGCAAACCCGACGUCGACUUUUCCCAGAGCGCAACAAAGAAGCAAAGGGGCAAGACUGCGAUGGUCUGGGAAGCUGUCAUGUCUGUAAACGACAGAAGGAUCGGGAUGGGGAGCGGUAACAACAAGAAGGCUGCCAUGAUCACCUGUUAUCUCGACGUCACGCUCUAUCUCGAGAGCUGCGACCCCGACCUCUGGAAAGACUUUAUGGAGUACUCUAAAAAGGACAAGUCGGUCAAAGAUAUUGGCCUUGCGCCGCAUCUCGUGUUCAACAUGGCGGGCAGCAUCAUCAACGAUGUCGAGGGUCUUUGUAUCGAUAUCCGCCGGUCCCAGCUGUGGGCAAAUGCGCCCGCGCCUGGGGUUGCGGGUAAUCUGCACCAAGCGCUGCCGAUGUGGCACGCUGGUGCAGGGCCCACGGCAAGCCAGGGGGAGCUUGCAGACAAGUCCAGCCGGCUUUCUGACCGGUUGACGCAUUACGAGACAGACCAGCAUAUGGCCAAGAUGCGCAAAACCCGCGCUUCCCUCCCCGUCUUCUCCCGCGCCGAAGCAAUGAUGGAGCAGAUCCAGGUCAACGACGUGACCAUCAUCAUGGCAGCGACCGGGUCGGGCAAAACCACCCAAGUGCCGCAGUUGUUAUUUGAUAGCUGGAUCAAGCAAGGAAAAGGGGCAGAGUGUAAUAUUGUGUGUACGCAGCCGAGGAGGUUGGCGGCGAUGAGUGUGGCGGAGCGUAUUGCGGAUGAGCGAGGGCAAAAGCUGGGAGAGGAAGUGGGUUAUCAAGUGCGUUUCGACGCGCGACUUCCUCAGCCGAAUGGUUCGAUCACCUUUUGCACGACGGGUAUCUUCCUCAAGCGGAUGCAAUCUGCGCUUGGUGAAGAGCCCGACCCCGUCGCUGUAGCGAGGAUGGACGAGGUAUCCCAUAUUGUGGUCGAUGAAGUGCACGAGCGGGAUAUCGAUACCGACUUGUUGCUCGUCGUCCUCAAGCGACUGAUCGCGGACAGGAGGCGCCGAGGGGUACCUAUCAAGGUCAUUUUGAUGAGUGCUACCAUCGACCCUACCUUGUUCCAGUCAUACUUUACCGACACCCGCGGACAAUUGGCUCCCGUCGCUGAAAUCCCUGGUAGAACCUUCCCCGUCCAAAAGUUCUUCUUGGACGACAUCUUCCCGAAGCUCGAGAGGUUGCCGGUGAUGAACGGUGGAUGGGCGUUCCAGGAUAAGAGUGUAAAGGAGUAUCUCAACAAGGAGCUCAGUGGUAACGCCAACAACUUUUUGCCCGGGACUGGUAUCGAGCUGGAGAUCCCUCUGCCGCUUGUCGCCCUUACCAUCGCCCACGUCCUGUCGCAAUCAUCAGACGGACACGUGCUCGUCUUUUUGCCAGGAUGGGAUGAUAUCAAAAAGGUGGCUGAUAUCCUGCUCGACGGGCGCAAAGCUCUGCUUGGGAAGAAUUUCAAGGACGCGAGCCAGUUCAGUAUCCACUACCUCCAUUCUACCAUCCCUGCUGCCGAACAGCGUGAAGUCUUCCGCACGCCUCCACCUGGUGUCAGGCGAGUCAUCUUGGCUACCAACAUUGCCGAGACAUCCGUGACCAUCCCCGACGUCGUCUACGUCGUCGACACGGGCCGAGUCAAGGAAAAGAGGUACGACCCCGAGCGACACAUGUCUUCCCUCGUCACCGCCUGGGUUGGUGCUUCCAACUUGAACCAGCGUGCUGGUCGUGCGGGUAGACAUAGAGAGGGAGAGUAUUAUGGACUGGUCAGCAAGAAUAGGAUGAACAGUCUGGACCCGCAUCAGAUGGUGGAGAUGAAGAGGUCUGAUUUGAGUAAUGUGGUCAUGCACGUCAAGGCUUUGAAUCUGGGUGAAGUCGAAGAAGUCCUUGCCGCGACUAUCGAACCCCCUGAGGCCAACCGUAUCGUCGCCGCCAUGGAAGUUCUCCGCAUGCUCGGUGCCCUCGACGCUCGCCAGAACCUUACCCCUCUCGGCCGUGUCCUCCUCCAACUCCCCGUCGAAGCGCCCAUCGGCAAGCUCUGUCUUUACGGUUCAUUCUUCCGUUGUCUCGACUCUGCGUUGACCCUUGCGGCGGUUUUGACCAACAGGGACCCCUUCUUAGCCCCACCAUUGAAGAAGCAGGAGGCGGAUGCGAUCAAAGAUUCGUGGUCGCCUACGGCAUUCAGGUCGGACCCUCUGGCUAUCGUCGCUGCUUAUAACGCUUGGAGCGAGAUCGCUAGCAAGGGCGAUCUGUUCACUGCCCGCCGAUUUGCCGACCGCAACUUCCUUUCCAACCCUACUCUGGAGCAGAUCAAGCAGGUCAAACAGAGUCUGCUUUAUAGUUUGGAACAGGCUGGUGUUAUUGCAGUGUCUGCUGGAGGUCAGGUGGGGAGGAUCGGCAAGUAUGGAUCCAUACCGCCAGUGUUGAACGAGAACAACCAAUCGCUGCCAUUGUUGGCGGCGUUGAUUGCGUUGGCCAGUGCUCCCAACUUUGCCAUCAAGACCAGCGAAAAGACUUGUCGAACUUGUCAAGACAAGGUCGUGAUGAUUCACGGUUCAUCAGUCAACUCUCGCCGACGUGAAGGUGGAGCAGAUGAGCAGCCCCAAUUCUUCAGCCGCGCCGAGAAACGUCUCUACGCUUUCGGCGAAAAGUCGCGCAACGUCCCUAUCGGCGGUAACCCCAACAGCGCUACCACGACUCUGCGUACCGUCACCCGACUCGACCCGAUGACCUACAUGCUCUUUGGCGCUUACGAGCUUGUCGUAACCCAAGGUGGUCUCGAGUGCGAUGGGUGGUUGCCUGUGACUGGUAACCUGGUAGCGCUGGACGAUGUGCAGAGGCUCAAGCAGUGCUUGGACGGUUGUCUACUCCGAGUUUUCGAGGGUCUGGGCAAGAGUCUUGUGCAGGGCCGCGACAAGCGAUGGAGGAGUAAUGACGUCCAAGUGCAAGACGGGUCUUCCCGUAUGAAGGAAGGUAGCGGGGAAGACGAGAACGAGAGCGACGACGAAGAGGACGCCGCCGCCAAACGAGAGAGCUCGCGAUACUCUGGUGCCCUCACGCACGAAGAGAUCAAAGAGCUCGAGUACCUCACCACCGACAUCGUCCGCAUCCUCGACAACUUCCAAGCUGAGCGUGUUGGUGCUGGCGGGUUUGACUCUAUAGGCAACACCCGCGCACCGACAAGAGCGCCUACGAGGGCACCUUCGCCGCAAUCCCACAAUUAUUUGGUGCCUGCUUCAAGUGCCCAGCAUUUACAAAGUGGCUCGAAUGGCCCGCAGUGGGUCGAUGUGCAUGAUGGGUCUGCUACAUGGGGCGGUGCGAGCGGCGGUCGAGAAGGUCCGACGGAUGGAGGAUGGGCGGGAGGCGACAGUGGGAACGGGGGAGAUGACGGAUGGGGUGAUGGGCCUUCGGGCGGGAGUGUGUACAAGCCGCCUCAGGCGAGGAGUGGUGGAGGCGGUGGAUCAGGAUGGUAA